CUCCCUCAGGAAGUAAAGUCCACUGGCAGGAGGGCCUAAACCUCCGUGCUGCCCUGUCUGACUUACAAUGCCUGGUUGUUUUCACCAAGUAGCGAAUGAAAUGGAAAAAGAGUAACAUUUUAGGAAAAAUAACUAAUUUUUCUUCCAACUUUUUCUUGUCUUCAGAGGAUUCAUUUUCUUAAAGUGGUCUCUGUACGCAACAUACAGGAAGUAUCAUGAUGAAGACGGAAGAAAAGCCCUCCCCUUACACCAAACCUCUGGAUGGAGGAUGGGGGUGGAUGGUUGUGUUUCAUUUUUUCCUGGUAAACGUGUUUGUGAUGGGAAUGACCAAGACAUUUGCAAUUUUCUUUGUGGUCUUUCAAGAAGAGUUUGAAGGCACUUCAGAGCAAGUUGGUUGGAUUGGAUCCAUUAUGUCAUCACUCCGUUUUUCUGCAGGUCCCCUGGCUGCUAUUAUUUGUGACAUACUUGGAGAAAAAACUACCUCCAUCCUUGGGACUUUCCUUGUUUCUGGUGGCUAUCUCAUCAGCAGCUGGGCCACAGGCAUUCCCUUUCUUUGUGUGACUAUGGGACUAUUUCCCGGUUUGGGGUCUGCUUUCUUGUACCAAGUAGCUGCAGUGGUAAUUACCAAAUAUUUCAAAAAACGAUUGGGUCUUUCUACAGCAAUUGCCCGUUCUGGGAUGGGACUGACAUUUUUGUUGGCACCCUUUACAAAAUUCCUGAUAGAUCUUUAUGACUGGACAGGUGCUCUUAUAUUAUUUGGAGCUAUUACAUUGAACUUGGUGCCUUCCAGCAUGCUCUUAAGACCCAUUCACAUUCAAUCAAACAACAAUUCUGAAAUUAAAAACGAAGGUUGCAUUUUGUCUUCAACUGGACCAGAGGUAUCAUACAAGACAGAAACAUCAAACUGCAAUGAGACACAAGAGUCUUUCAUCAAAGACAAUACUAUGAAGAAAUCUGGACAACCUACUAACACUUUAACUGUCUUAGAAAAUCAAAGCGAAGAGUUCAGCAAUAGGCCUCAUAGGAACAGGCUUAUGAGCAAUGACAAAAGUUAUAAGAAAAAGUUUGUUUCAUGGAACUGCAAGCAAAAACUUUUGGAUAUUUCUCUCUUUAGAAAUCCUUUCUUCUACAUAUUUACCUGGUCUUUUCUCCUGAGUCAAUUAGCAUAUUUCAUUCCUACUUUUCACCUAGUAGCCAGAGCAAAAACACUUGGAAUUGACAUAAUGGAUGCCUCCUACCUUGUGUCUGUAGCUGGUAUCACUGAGACAGUCAGUCAGCUCAUUUCUGGAUGGAUUGCUGAUCAAAACUGGAUCAAGAAGUAUCAAUACCACAAGUCUUACCUCAUUCUGUGUGGUGUAACUAACCUGCUUGCUCCUUUAGCCACCACAUUCCCACUCCUUAUGGCCUAUACCAUCUUUUUUGCCAUUUUUGCUGGUGGCUACCUGGCACUAAUACUGCCAGUAUUGGUUGAUCUAUCUAAGAAUUCUAGAGUGCACAAGUUUUUGGGAUAUGCCAGUUUCUUUGCUGGGAUGGCUGUCCUUUCUGGACCACCAAUAGCAGAUGUAGCUCAGUGGUGGACCACUUGCCUAACACACACCAGGCCCUUGAAAACAUAAACUAAAAACAGUUCCACUGUGGAGACUGGAAUGAGUGGCAGACAACUGAGAAGGCAGAGCAAAGUUCUCUGUCUGGACAAAUAAAAGGAAAUACAUUAAAAUGAAGAAUUUGUAAACUGUUCAUUAUCAGGUGGUUAAUUUUCCUCAAACCACACCACCUACCCAGCUUCACUCUGACUCAGCAUUCCUAAGAAUAUCUAUGAAAACAUCAAAAAUAAAUUUCGAAUAGCUCUA